ACAAGAAGAGGAAAAAUCUUAAAAUCGUAAAGUGGAUGAAAGUAGUUUCGUUUGUAAGACGUAAAAAUCGUGCAAAUUUGAUUAAAAUAUUCCACCGUACGGCAUUAAUUGCGCGUGUAUUCCGUGCGUGGCAGAUGUGGCUCGCGUUUAACGUGAAGAAAGUAAAGAAAUCCGUGAAAUAAAGUGCGAAAUCGUGCGAUUGAAAAGCAGUCGCUCGAGUCGAGGAAAGUUUUUUUUUUUGCUGGUGCAACACUCCUCCACUCGUAAAAGUAGCACCAGUUUGCGGAGGCCUCCCCCCUCACAAAAGAAGGAAGAUGACGAGAAAAAUGAUUUGAAAGUAGUUUCUGUCUUAUUUUGAGAAGCUUGCUACCUCGCGUUACGUUUGAUAGUGCUGUUCAAAGUUUGUGCUUUCCGGGGGCGGAAAAUCUAGUGAAAAACUGUGUUUUGGUCAAUCCGGAGGUUGGUUUUGGUCUGGGGGGCAGAAGUGCUGUAAUCUAUCGAAGAAAAAAGCAUUGCGUAGGAAGAAGAGGAGUUGGCUGAGCGAGACGCGGCACGGGGGUAUUAUGAAAUGAACCUUCGGCAAUGGGGUCGCAAACCUUGGAAAUACUGCGACAAGGAGUACUGGCCAGCUUGACCGGCGGGUGGUUCUACGACGUCCAUCAGAAUGUGUUCUGCAAUGCGGUCCAUCUGUACAUCUGGCUGUUUCUGCUGUUCCUGCCCUUCAUCAUCUACAUGUACUUCCCCGCAACCGUACUAGUAUGGAGUCUUUAUUGCGUACUGAUUGCCAUCAUCAUAAGUGUGUUCAAGUUCAUCAAUGUGGCGCUGCAUCGGAUGUACGACAAAGCUCGGACUUUGUCCGACACAAACCUUAAGAAGCCGGUAAAAGCCCCUCGCGAGGCUUCCGGGGAGGACGAAUCUGGUAUAGAGAUGCAGGAGAUGGGUGCGGUCGAGGUCGUGGAAACACCUCCCGUGGACAUGUCGUCUAGGACGUCGGUUGAGCGGCACAGUGAUGAGAUCAGUUGUGCCAACAGCGCCAUCUCAAUCGACUAUCAGGAACAGGUCACGAGCACAAUCGAUUUGAAGGUGGACGUCCACCGUAAAAAUAGUUCCGAAUCUAGCGAUAGCAAUGGCGCAGAAGGAGGGAGUAGCGAAGGAGCCGGGAUUGGUGCGAAGUCGGUAGCGCAUUCGUCUUCGGUUCACACACAUUCGACGGAAGCUUGUAGCGCCGGGGGAACUCAUAAACGUUCGCUUAGUACUCCGAAUCAAGGCAAAUCGUUAGACCUGGGAACGGAUACUCAAGGAGGCGGAAAGGAUGUGUUGGACGGUGAGGAAGGAGCAACCGGAGUUGACCCAACGAAAGAUGGAGGAAAGAAGAGUGCCACGUUGCGAAGGCAUCAGUAUAAAUCGAAACGGAAACAGCGUUUUAUGAACAGUCAGCUGCAGCGACAGAUCUCAUUGGAUUCGGAGAAGAUUGGCAUGGGAAUUGUGUUUGCGGACGAAGUGGCUAGUGGAGGGGCGCACCUCCAGAGGCACUUGAGUUCGGAGGAUCAGAACAAUAAGUCGAACACCUCGCUGUUCCAUCAUCAUCACCAUCACCAUCAUAUGUUAGCGUUACAGAAUCUCGAUCCGGACCUGUACAUGGAUCAUAGCUAUACGAAAUCAGCCGUUCAGUUAGGUGUAGAAAAUAUUCCUGGAGAAACAACGAGCAAAAUUUAUCUGUUGCAGCAGUCAACGCCUAUCCGAAGGGACUCCAACAGUACAAUGUCGGCUUUGCAGCUUCCGACGAUGGUGGUAAGUUCUUCUGGGAAGAACCGUCGCCAUUCUAAUGCCAAUGCUAAUGUAGUGGCUGGAGCCCGACCACUACCGAGAUCACUAACAUCGGUUCGACGGAUUAAAAGUGCUGCCUUGGAAACCUGCAGUCCUUCCUCUAUAUCAAACCUGGCGCCGACGCAUCCGAACAGUGUCGAGGUAAUCGGAGGGCAAACACUUCGGAACCCUCAGCAUACGGUUCUUCCACCUCCGAGCAAAUGCCUUUCGAGAAAUCCUCACCUUAAUUUGUUUCCCAAGUCCAACGGGGACAGUUCUUCCGGCCUAGUAGGAUUGGGUGUUUCUUUGAACGGGAAUGCUACAAACAACGAACCGGUUUAUCCAAUUGCUGAACAAGCCGACGAAAGUACGCCGGUGAAAAACCAGUCGGAUAAAAUUGAAAAAUUCGAACCCAGUGAUUCGGAUAAUGCGCAAGGAGAGGAUGACGAUGACGACGAGGACGAGGAGGAAGAUGACGACGAUGAGGAAGACGAAGAGGAUGAAGAGGACGACGAUGCGGCCAUUGAUCGACUUCGUGGUGGAGUAAGUGAGUAUGAAAAUGUCCAUGCGAUCCACACGCACAUACAUCGACAUCAUCACCAUCAUCAGUUCCCUGGCAACGUCGACAGGCAACACUUCCAGCAAUCGAAUCCGGCGUCCCUCUCACAAGCAUCGUCCGCUGCAACUGGAGGGGCUGCCGUGGCACAAGCGUCUACAGAAGCAGAUCAGGACACAGAUUCGGACCCUGAUCAACCGGCCCUGUUGCACUCAACGGAUUCCGACACGGAAAACAAUGCCGGCUCGAGAUCUCCUUUGUUGGAGCCACGGAACCGUGCACCGUUAGUGAUUGUGGAGGCUAAGAAUCCGUCGUGUAUAAUUCCUUCUUCAUUAGCUGGCGUCGUCGACGCUGGGGAGAAGUUAAAGAAAUCCUCAACCUUGACAAUAGAAGAUUCACCGACGAAACAAACGUUAGAGGAAAAUGGUGGACCGUCGUCUAGUGAUUGGGAACAGGCGAGUGCCAGUUCCAAAGACUUGCUGAUAACGAAGGAGAAAGCUGAGAAGCUAGAAAAAGGUGAUAUUCCAAGAUCGAGUUCUGGUAAUACUAGCGAGGCUGUGGCGGCGAGUGGAAGUCAAAUCAAAAGUCAAGAGAGGUGGUUCGAGUAUUGUCAUGUUCCUGCGCCUGAUGAAAGGUGCUUGAUCCAUGAAAACGAGCAGCAAAAAAAGGAAGGUAGCAAAAAAGAGCUGGAUAGAGAGAAAAGUGUAUCGAUAUCGUCGGAAGGCACGGUUGCUGUCACUCGUAACUUGGGAGCGAUUCCGAAGACAUCCUCCAGUAGGAUCACCAGUAGAAGAUUGAGUGCUGAGGAGAACUAUCCCAGUACCAGCAGCAAGAUUUACAAUCGAACGCUAUCGCAACGUUUGUCGGCCGAGCGGAUUCCGGAAAACGCAACGGCAGCGCCGUUGAUAACGUUUCUCAACUAUCGUUCGGAAGUACCCAUUCCACCCAUCUAUCUUCCAGGCAACAAUUCCCUAUCGGAACAGCAAACUUCUAGCUUUACGUCGUUUCGGCGGAGGUUUGACGGAUCGGAUAGGAGCUACAGACAGAUACAGUGUCGCUUGAGGAUGGCUCGUAGUAAACACCCCGUUGUGUCCAUGGAACCGAACAGUGGCGCUGGUCCAAGUGGAACUAACAACGUCGCAGGCUCGUUUCGGGAUGACGAUAACAACAAUUGUAACUUUUGUCUAGACUCAAUCGAUAAUCCAACGUCGUCUAGCCGGAGCGUGGGUGGUUCCAGUACCACUUUUCAUGAUCCAACUGAGGUGCCUUUAAGUUUAUUCGUAGAUGAACCGGAACGAUGGGUUCAACUAAUUGAACGAGCCACGAUGGAAAACGUUCUGAAAGAGCGUAUGGCAAUGAACCGCGCCGGAGGGGUGGGUUCGUCCGGGGACAAUAACAAUACGUCGAUCAACUCGUCCGGAAUCGACAAAGCCAUGGCUCCAACCGAAUACAGUCUGUCCAGUGCUCAAAGUGCGAUCGAUGUUGUGCCAAGAUCAAUAUUUGGGGAAGCCCAGAUACGGCCUAAGCGGUACUACAAAUUUCCAAUCAAUUUUUUAUGCUUCAAAGAACUGAGUAUUUCGAUGAACCGACUGCAACUUUUGGCACUGUUCGAUCGUGACACCAAUUGUUUUCAAGUUGCGCUGGCUAUAAUACUUUGCACACUGGUUUCGCUCCUCGGUUCGACGGUAUUGUACCUGAAGUUCUACGAAGAUCUGUACGCGUUCAUAUUCUGCUUUGUAAUUGCCGGAAGUCAGUAUUCGCUACUGAAAAGUGUUCAACCGGACGCCGCAUCGCCAAUCCAUGGCUUCAACAAGACUGUAACCUAUUCGAGACCUAUCUAUUUCUGCCUGUGUUCUUCGCUUCUUUUGGGCGCCCACCACAUGCUUCGAGAAUACCAAAUGAAUCCGGAAUCCGUGAUGGACAGGGUGACUCUCUUUGGGUUUCACAUAUCUAUCAUUGAAUCCCUGCAGUGCAUACAAAGCAUUCUCUCCGUUGUGAUAUUACUGUUCCCGUUCCUGUUCAGCUUGGGAUUGUUUCCGCAAAUCAACACCUUUGCGAUGUAUUUCCUGGAACAAAUCGAUAUGCACAUAUUCGGCAGUAAUGCCGCUUGUAGUCUGCUAUCAUCGUUUCUCUCGGUAAUACGUUCCAUCCUGGCCUGCACCCUAUUAUUUGGACCUGCAUUCGGUGGACUCUCCGAAACGGGAACACAACAUGUACUGUUUUCCAUGUUUUGUGCAUUUCUCAUCACUGUUUCGUACCACCUGUCGCGGUGUUCCAGCGAUUUCACCUACAUCUGGGCCAUAAUCAAAUCCAGCUUGAUAGUUCAUCCUGAUUACGAUGACAGCAGCAAAGAGGAUUCCAAAAUGUCUACUGAUUCGGAAGACAACAAAAUGGACAAUGACCACCUAAGAUCGAGCGAUGAAAUUCACAAAGAUCUAGAUGAGGAAGCCAAUCGGGAAUCGACGAAGGAACUUGACGAUCCCCUGCCCAAAAAGCUUCAGGGCACGGUUACCGCUAGGCUGAAGAACGACGCAGUUGUUUGCGUGGCACUGUCGAUAAUCAUUUUUAGUCUACACUGCAGUACGGUGUUCACUGUUCUUCAGCCCGACAUCAAUUACGUACUCCAUACCGGUGCUUGCAUUCUCGGCUUCACGAUCCACUACAUCGUACCUCAGCUGAGGAAACACCUACCGUGGCUGUGCAUAGCGAAACCGAUUCUGAAGGCAAAGGAAUUCGGCCAGUUUGAGGUGCAGAACCUUUCGAAAAUUAUGUGGUUCGAAACCAUGUACGUGGCUUUGUGCUUUUUCGAACGGAACAUACUGUACCCGUUGAUCUUUCUGAGCGCCCUCACGGCCGAUUCCGGUGCGAUUGCAGACAAGUUUGGCCUCACCUUGGGAACAGCGUUGGUCGUCGUUAGCGGAUUGAAAUGUGUUCGAAACGCAUACUCCGAUAUCGGCAGCCAGUACAUCAUUCUGAUUUUUACCGUACUAUUUUUCCGGAUAGACUACAAGCUGUCCAGUGAAACGUUUCUCAUCGAUUACUUCUUCGUAUCCAUACUGUACCGCAAGAUUAGCGAAUUCCUACUCAAGCUGCAAUUUGUAGUGACCUACAUCGCACCCUGGCAAAUUACCUGGGGCUCUGCAUUCCAUGCAUUUGCGCAACCGUUCAGUGUACCACACUCGGCUAUGCUAUUCCUACAAACUGCCAUAAGUGCACUGCUGUCGACUCCUCUCAAUCCUUUUCUAGGAAGUGCCAUAUUCCUAACGUCGUACGUGCGGCCCAUCAAGUUUUGGGAACGGGACUACAACACUCGCCGGAUUGAUCAUUCCAACACUAGGCUAAGUUCGCAGCUGGAACGGGAUCUGGGAGCGGACGACAAUAACCUGAAUAGCAUUUUCUAUGAACACCUCACGCGAUCGCUGCAGCACUCGCUCUGUGGCGAUCUGCUAAUGGGGCGAUGGGGUAACGUUAGUCAAGGCGAUUGUUUCGUAUUGGCAUCGGAUUAUCUUAACUGUUUAGUCCACAUUAUCGAGCUGGGAAACGGACUGUGUACCUUCCAGAUGCGAGGUCUCGAGUUUCGGGGGACCUACUGUCAGCAGCGGGAAGUGGAAGCCAUUUCAGAGGAAGUGGAGGAGAAUAUAGGAUGUUGCUGUUGUACGGUUGGUCACCUUCCACGGAUGCUGAGCGCUAAUGCUAUGUUCACCACGCGCUGGUUGGCGUGGCAAGUGAUGGCUUCCAAGUAUGUCCUGGAAGGAUACUCAAUUUCGGAUAAUUCGGCGACCGCAACGCUGCAAGUUUUCGAGUUCCGGAAGGUUCUUAUAUCGUACUACGUCAAGAGCAUAAUUUAUUAUGCCAUUCGCUCGCCCAAACUGGUCAACUGGUUGCAAUCGCAAGCGAUCGAGGAAGCCCUGGAGCACACCUUGGAUCGGCAGUUUGUCGAUUUGGAUCCCGUGUUCAACCACAAUCUCGAUGACGACUACGACUUCCGUGCUGCGGGAGUGACCCGGGCCAGUUUCUGGAACGUUUACGGCGAGUGGAUACAGUUCUGUUGCGAAAAGAAACGGCAACAGAUGCAGACUGCACUAAACGAGAAGAAUACUCCCAAAAAGAAUCCGGUUGGAACAUCUGGAGGGGCUACAACUACUGUGGCCGCUGCCACCACUGUGACGAACUCAGCAGCAAAUGAUACAAAUGCCAAAGGAGCUGACGAAGAAACGACAAAAGACCAGAGCGAACAGCAAAGUAAUAGUUCCAGGCCCAAUCUCCCAGAUCGCGGCGAAUCGAGUACAAACGGAGCUGCGACUUCUAGUUCCGGCAAUAAUGGAAACUCCAUUGCCGGAACGUCUAGUCAACCAUUCUUCAGCUCGAGUCGAGAAUCUUUGGUUACAUCACUUUGUAUGGCGUUGGCCUUGCUGGCUCGACGAACCUUGGCCACUGCCAGUCACAGUUCAUCCUGUGGGGUGGAGUUUUUUCUCCAUGGACUUCAUGCAUUGUUCAAGGGUGAUUUUCGCAUAACUUCAACUCGAGACGAGUGGGUUUUCGUGGAUAUGGAGCUCCUUCACGGAGUUGUGGCACCAGCUGUACGGAUGUCUUUGAAGCUUCAUCAAGAUCAUUUCCUUUGCCCGGACGAAUACGAUGACUACGAGGCCCUGUACAACGCUAUCGAUUAUCAUACCAAAGAGCUGGUCAUUUCGCACGAAGCCGAUCCAUUGUGGCGAAAUGCGGUGCUGAGGGGCACUCCAAAUUUGCUCGCGCUACGUCACGUAAUGGACGAUGGAUCGGACGAGUAUAGAGUUAUAAGACUGAGUAAGCGAUUCCUAAGCUUUCGCGUCAUUAAGCUGAAUCGCGAAUGCGUACGAGGUUUAUGGGCAGGCCAGCAGCAAGAGCUAAUCUAUCUCCGGAACCGAAAUCCGGAACGAGGAAGCAUUCAAAAUGCGAAACAAGCUCUUCGCAAUAUUAUCAAUUCGUCCUGUGAUCAACCGAUUGGAUAUCCAAUCUACGUGUCUCCUCUGACGACAUCCUACGCAGAAACAAAUCCACAGCUGUGUCGCAUCAUCGGUGGUGAGAUUACUUUGGAAAAGAUUGUGGUGAUGGUCAACGGCUUUUUCCAUCGCGUGAGACAGCGUUGCCGCGAAGGGUGUAGCAGUGGAAGUGCAAUAAUAGACAACGAAAUGGGGGAAAUACAGGGAGUGUACUGUAAUACCCCAACUCCUAAUAAUACUCUGUCGGGUACGGCCGGAACGUUGUCGUAUGGUAGCCAAAAUAUGUCGCUUUCCGGGGCCGCGAACCGAGGAAGCCUUGCCAGUAUCAACAAACCGACCAGUUCUACGUUGCUUGCUGGAUUGUUGAUUCGAGAGCGCGAUUCUGAACGUGAUGUUCUGCGUGAUAGGGCCGGUGUAACGAAACGUAAUUUAAGUAGUAACAGUAAAGAUCGGAUAGAUCGAGCACUGGCUGCUUCCAAGAGGGAAUCCUUCAAAGAAGCGCUGGCCGGUGGAAGUGGGUUGGGUGCAGCCGGGGUCGGAAGUAGCAAUAAUUCUAGUCUAAAGCAACAGGAGAGCGUAGAAUCCACAUCUGGGAAUGCGAAAAGCAAUGCAUCAUCGUCGAUGAAUCUGAACAUGCCAAACACAAGUGCCACAACAGCUCCCACCAGUAGUUCUGUUAUGUUGACGCUGUCGCCACCGUCCGAGAACUCGUACACGAUAUUUUCCAUGACAGAAGUAUCGAGCGCCGAAAGAUUAGACAGCGGCGCGAUGGCUACCGCAAAGGAUAGAAGCAGUCGAGCAAACGAUACGGAUGAACAACCAUCACAAACGCAGUGGAUAAAUGCUCCGCCUGUGAUUGGACUCAACAAGAAAGUCAUCAUUGUGGACGCUGCGCAGAUUUACGACUGUUUGGAUCUUGGACGGCGCAUAGAUGUUACAUGGCCAAACGAACAGUUUCGCAGCUACGGUGGUCGGUCGUCCUGGAAAGACUGGCAACCGCAGGAAGGCAUGGUCGGAAACAUCGUCCACUACUGGCAACCGAAUCAUCCCGAUCAUCACUUCCGGUCUAACGUCAAUCGUACUAUCAUGUUGAUGAAGAUCGGUGAACGCUAUGUGCCAAUCGGCGAGAAAGGCCUCAAAGAGUACAACACAAUCGGUUUGGUGGCAUCCAGUUCCGGAUCGGGUUCGGGUUCAUCUUCAUCAGCAUCGGUCGUUACAGGUUCGGUAAGCAAGCAAGCCUCAACGGAAGCACCUCCCACAGUCGAAAGCACAACGGUAAGUGAAUCUUUUGCUAAUGUUAGCAAUCCGCAAACUACCGUGGAUCUUGGGGAACAGUCGGAAUGUGUAUGUGACGAUCCCAGUGCUACAACCACCAAACCGGAUGCCCCAUCCAUGUCCUCCGAUCCGACUCUAGUUUAGAUAUCUUUCCGUACACUCACAGAGAGACACAAAAUCGAAAUCAAACAUUCGUACUGGUGAUAGAUAUUUAUUCCUCUUGUUCCAAGUCUUGUUGUUACCCUUUAGGAAACGUAGCGUGGACAACAGUGAAAACGUGUCCAUAGCAAAGUCAUUCGUAGCGUACAUUUUACAAAAUCACUCUUACUACACAGUUUUCUAAUCGCCAUGAUAAAUCCAAGACAUUUUCUUCCAAAUGUCGCCUUACUGUAUGUUCGCUGGUGUGGUGAGCGAACAUUAGAAAAAGAAUAAUCAUCGAUACUAUUCAAAAGACUUUUUGGCGGAGUGGUAGAGUGCGUAUAGCAAUUUUUUCCGCUUCAUACGAAAUUCGGUUAGAUGUUGAAAUUUUAGGUUGUUAACAAUUUUUGAUUAAAUAGUUAUUUUUUCUGUUUUUUUCUCUUGUGCGCAAUGGCCCGAAUAGUAGUAAAAUACUAUCAUUUAAAUCAAUACUCUUGAAUGAUCAAAAAAACGAGAGAGAUGUUCUUUAGUUUAUGCUGUUUAAUCAUUAAAACGAAUAAAAGGGAAACGUCUUAUGGUAGAUAGCAUAAAAUGAUCACGCGUCUUUGAUGAAGCAAAUGCCAAUAAAGAUCACAUACAUUUGUAAAUUAUGAAUAGCGUUAAUAGGAAGACAGUUCGAAACGUUGAUAAAACUAAUAGAAGGUAAAGUUUUAUUUUUGUAAAAAAAAGAUAGCUGAUAUUGUUUCUUUUGACUCGAUAGGAAAAAAGAGUGAAAAGAAUUUUAAAUAGAAAAGUAUAAGUUUUAUCGCAAAGUGCUGGAGUGUUAUUGUUUUCUCCCCUUUGUGGGUUUGUGCGUUUGCUGGGCGAAUGUGGAACGAUUGUGACUCUUGUUGUUCGGACUAUGCGAUAAAGGUUACUGCAAAAGAUGAAAAUGUGAUAAUUAAAGUAAGCAACUUUACCUACACUGAAUUUAUUAUUAAUGCAAAUGAUCAACAAUAGACGCAGACAAACAGAGAGAAAGAGAUCGUUAAAUUAUUGAAACAGAUGUGUUGAUAUGGAAAAUUACAGAAAAUUUAAAAUAUCACAAAUAUAUUGUAGAACUGGUUUAACGACAGCGCAGAAAGCUAUUACAACAAAUCACUGUAGUUAGAAAUAUUGAAUAUAAUGAAGAAAGUUAGACAAAGUCGUUAUUUAACUUCAAUUCUCGCUUUUAUUUAACGGAGAACUAAUAGAACAACAUUUUUGAUCAAAAAUUAGUGACCGGUUAAGCCUUUUUUAAAUUGCGAAUAAAACAUAAAAAUUCAAAA